UGGAGGAAGUGUCACAUCCGGAUCUUCACCGUGGCCCAGAUGGACGAUAACAGUAUUCAGAUGAAGAAAGACCUGGCCAUGUUCCUCUAUCACCUUCGCAUCGACGCCCAGGUGGAGGUCGUGGAGAUGCACGACAGUGACAUCUCGGCGUACACGUAUGAACGCACCCUGAUGAUGGAGCAACGAUCACAGAUGCUGAGGCAAAUGAGGCUCUCAAAGACCGAGAGGGAAAGAGAGGUGGGUCCCCAGCACUGCUGGUCAGGGGAGCUCAUGUCUACCCCCACCCCCACCCCCAAA